CUGUAAUUCUAUUAAUGUUUCUUCUCAGUGUUGUUUCACAGAGCUUAGUGUACAUGAUGCCACCUACAGUUGCUCUCUCUUUGAGUUCAGAGAGUGACAAGCUGGCUUUACUUGCUUUGAAGCAUAAGCUUACCAAUGGAGUCGCCAAUGCUCUUCCAUCAUGGAACAACUCUCUGCAUUUCUGUGAGUGGCAGGGUGUUACAUGCGGACAUCGCCAUAUGAGAGUCUCUGUCUUGCACUUGCAAAAUCAAAACUGGGGUGGCACUCUUGGACCAUCUUUGGGAAAUCUAACCUUCCUCACAACCCUCAUUCUUUCCAACAUCAACUUGCAUGGGGAAAUUCCCACACAAAUUGGUCGACUAAAGAGUUUGCAGCUUCUUGACUUGAGCCACAACAGUCUAAAUGGUCAGAUUCCUGUGCACCUUUCUAACUGCUCUAAACUUGAGGUCAUUAACUUGUUGUACAAUAAACUCACUGGAAAAGUUCCCUCAUGGUUUGGAAGUGGAUCCAUGACACGACUAAAUAAGUUGCUUCUUGGUGCCAAUGAUCUAGUUGGUACUAUCCCAGCUUACUUGGGGAAUCUUUCAUCCCUCCAAAAUAUCACAGUUGCGAGAAACCAUUUGGUGGGAAAUAUACCAGAUGUUUUGGGUCGGUUAUCAAAUUUGAAAGAGCUGAAUCUUGGUUUAAAUAAUUUGUCGGGAGUAGUGCCUGAUUCUCUUUAUAACCUUUCCAAUAUUCAAACUUUUGUUCUCGGGGUAAACCGGUUAUCUGGUACUCUUUCAUCAAAAAUGCAACUUGCUUUUCCAAACCUUAGAGCAUUCUUUGUUGGAGAUAAUCAGUUGAAUGGAGCUUUCCCGUCUUCAAUAUCCAACAUCACCGGAUUGCAAAGGUUUGAUAUCUCCUUAAAUGGUUUUAGUGGGCCAAUUCCUCCCACUUUGGGAAGCUUAAACAAACUCGAGACGUUUAGCAUUUUUGAUAAUAGAUUUGGAAGUGGGAGCGCUCAAGAUUUAGAUUUCCUUUCCUCUUUAACCAAUUGUACUCGAUUGAAGAUACUUCUUUUGGGUUGGAAUGAAUUUUGCGGUGUGUUGCCGGAUCUUAUUGGCAAUUUUUCUACCAAUCUCACUUCGCUCAGUAUGGAGUGUAAUCAAAUAACUGGAACGAUACCUGAACGAAUUGGACAGCUAAUCGGUUUAACUAACUUCGUCGUGAUUAAUAAUUAUCUUGAGGGAAGCAUUCCAGAUUCAAUUGGAAAGCUUAAAAAUCUAGUAAGAUUGGCCCUGCAAGAAAACAAACUGUCUGGUCAUAUUCCUACCGCCAUUGGCAAUCUUACUAUGUUGUCUGAAUUUUAUCUGCACACCAAUAAAUUCCAAGGAAGCAUUCCAUUAAGCCUCAAACACUGCACACGCAUGCAGUCAUUUGGUGUUUCCACCAACAACUUGAGUGGAGAUAUCCCUGAUCAAAUAUUUGGCAAUCUAGAAGGUUUGAUAAAUCUUGACUUAUCAAACAACUCUUUCACUGGUUCCAUCCCUUUAGAAUUUGGAAACUUGAAGCACCUUUCCGUAUUAUAUCUACACGAAAACAAGUUGUCUGGUGAAAUUCCCCCAGAACUUGGAGCUUGUUCGGCCUUAACAGAACUCAUGCUGCAGGGAAACUUCUUCCCGGGAAGCAUACCUUCGUUCUUGGGCUCUUUAGGAUCCUUGGAAAUCCUAGACCUUUCUAACAACAACUUCUCAAGCACAAUCCCUGUUGAACUACAAAAUCUGACUUUUUUGCAUGCUUUGAACUUGUCUUUUAACCAUCUUUAUGGUGAGGUUCCCAUAGGAGGCGUCUUUAAUAAUGUUACUGCAAUUUCACUCAUUGGAAAUAAGGAUCUCUGUGGGGGAAUACCUCAACUGAAGCUCCCUGCAUGCUCUAGGACUCUCUCAAAGAAACACAACUGGUCUUUUCGAAACAAACUCAUCCUCAUCAUUGUAAUUGGAGUUGGAGGGGUUUUGAUGAGUUCCAUAAUAUCUAUCACCAUCUAUUAUUUCAGGAAAAAGCCCAAAUUACUUUGUCCGUCACGGUCUCUGCAAAAUAUGCAUUUGAAGGUUUCUUAUGAAGAGCUGCAUGAAGCAACCGAUGGAUUUUCUUCAUCCAAUUUAGUAGGUGCUGGAAGCUUUGGCUCUGUGUACCGAGGAUCUCUUCUCCAUUUUGAAAAAUCUAUUGCUGUGAAGGUGUUGAACCUUGAAGCUAGGGGGGCGUCAAAGAGUUUUACAUCCGAAUGCAAGGCUCUAGAAAAGAUCAAGCACCGGAAUGUACUUAAGAUCCUAACUUAUUUCUCAGGUGUUGAUUAUAACGGAGAUGAUUUCAAGGCUAUAGUUUUUGAGUUCAUGCUUAACGGGAGUGUAGAAAGUUUGCUGCACAGCGACGAAAAGCUCAAUUCUAUAAAUCUCAAUCCCAACCUUCAACUCAGGCUAAAUAUUGCUCUAGAUGUUGCUAAUGCAUUGGAUCAUCUUCACCAUGGUUCCGAGAAAACAAUAAUUCACUGUGAUAUUAAGCCAAGCAACGUUCUUCUUGAUGAUGACGCUGUUGCCCACUUAGGAGAUUUUGGGUUAGCAAGGCUCCUCAAUAUGUUCACGGGACAUGCAAGCAGAGAUCAGGUUAGUUCGUCAGCAGCAAUCAAAGGAACCAUUGGAUAUGUUCCCCCAGAGUACGGGGCAGGUGGUCGAGUAUCAGAAAAAGGUGAUAUUUACAGUUAUGGAAUUCUUGUGUUGGAGAUGCUGACGGGGAAGAGACCAACGGAUGAGAUGUUUGGUGAGGGUUUAAGCCUACACAAAUUCUGUCAGAUGGCAAUUCCUGAAAGAAUUCUUGAGAUAGUGGAUUCACGUUUGCUUCUGCCAUUUGGGGUCAUGGAAACCAACAUCAGAGAGUGUUUCGCUUCUUUUGCUAGGAUUGGAGUUGCAUGUUCUGCAGAAUUGCCCGUUCAACGGUUGGCCAUAAAAGAUGCGAUAAUGGAGUUGAAUGCAAUCAAACACAAGUUGUCUUACUAGGAACCAUUUUUUUGGGAAAAGAUUUAACAGGGUUUGUCGGUAAACUAGGUAAGUUACACAUUCAUGUCUCUUUAUUUUCGCAUGCUACUGUCCCAUCCUGUGUAAUAGUGUACUAAAAAUGGGAAUGAGUUAAAUUGGUUCAACCUACAAAUGGAAGUUAGGUUCAACCUACAAAUUUAGGUCAAUGUUUGAUUAUGAAUUCAUUUUCGGAGGAAAGAGACAUAUGGUUUUGGUUUUGGGUAAUGUAAUUUUUUUGUUUUAAUUAGUAUAUAUCACGUUAGUAUCACUUAUAUCAUAGUUUUACUUACCGAGAAGUUAUUUUAAUACUUUUGGAAAUACAUAUGCAUAUGAUUAAUAAUAAAAUAUAUUUGAAGAAGUUGUGAUUAAUGGCAGGUUUUCUUACCCUCGUGGUUAAAGAAUAAUUUAUGAACAAAGCAAGUAAAGAAUAAUUAAAAGAGUGAUGAAGAAUAACAAGGAACUGCAUUGCUUGAGUUGUUACGAAAAAUCACUGAGUCUAACAGAUAUCGAACUUUAUACGUCCUAACGCUUUUAGAAAUUACGAGAUUCUCUCUUGCAGUUUCAAUUCUAGCGAAGUGCAAGAAAGAAAGAAAGAAAGAAAGAAGAAAGAUAGAAAGAAACUACUCUGCAUGCAAAAUCAACGGAAAAGAUUCAUCUUCUUCUUCAUUCUGGCUUUAAUCUUCAUCUUCUUUUCAUAUUCCGAUGCAAUUCGAAGAUAUUCGUAAUCCCGAGGCUUCUUUUUCAACCACCGAAACAUCUGAACAAAAGAAACAAAAGAACUCAAGUCUUGUUUGAUGGGAAACAUUAAUAUUGUUACAGUUGAUGAUGCAGAAUUGAAGAAGAAAACUUACGGAAUAGGAAAAAU